AUGACUUCCAUUGGAACUUCAAGUUCGAUAGUUGGUAUGUUUAUGUUAUUGGGAGCUGUUGUUGUCUGCCAAGGCGGCAGGGUUCCCUUAAACCAAGCUAAUUUUGUAAGAACAAGUGAAUCCCAUUUCCUUCUCCAAGGAUCGCCAUUUCUGUUCAAUGGCUUCAAUUCGUAUUGGAUGAUGCACGUGGCCGCCGACCCCAACGACCGCCACAAGGUCUCAGACGUCUUCAGCCAAGCCUCCGCCGCGGGGCUCACUGUCUGCCGCACUUGGGCUUUUGGAGAUGGAGGCGAUGGCGCCCUCCAAAUCUCCCCGGGAACCUACGACGAACGUGUCUUUCAGGGAUUGGAUUUUGUGAUUUCUGAAGCAAGGAAAUAUGGAAUCCGUCUCAUUCUGAGCUUCGUGAAUAAUUACAACGAUUUCGGAGGUAAAGCGCAGUAUGCUGAAUGGGCUAGAAAUGCAGGAGCGCAAGUCAAUGGCGAUGACGAUUUCUACACAAAUCCACUCAUCAAAGAUUAUUACAAGAACCACAUCAGGAGAGUGGUGACAAGAAUGAACAGCAUUACAAGAGUUGGUUACAAGGACGAGCCCACAAUCAUGGCGUGGGAACUCAUGAACGAGCCCCGCUGCAAAGCUGACUACUCCGGGAAAACACUCAACGGAUGGGUUGAAGAAAUGGCAAGUUUCGUGAAAUUAAUUGACAACAAUCACUUGGUUGAGAUAGGAAUGGAAGGUUUCUAUGGCGACAGCAUGCCCGAAAGGAAACAAGUGAAUCCUGGCUACCAAGUUGGGACUGAUUUCAUUAGUAACAAUCUUGUUAAAGAGAUCGACUUCGCCACCAUCCACGCGUAUCCCGAUAUUUGGCUAUCUGGGAAAAGUGAGGAAGAACAAAUGGGAUUCAUGGAGAGAUGGAUGUGGAAUCACUGGGAAGAUGCAAGGAACAUAUUGAAGAAGCCAUUAGUGAUUGCCGAAUUCGGAAAGUCGAGCAAAGAUGCAGGCUUCAGCUUGAAUGAGAGGGACUUGUACAUGGGGAAUAUAUACAGAGAUAUAUACAGAUAUGCAACAAGUGGAGGUACAAUGAGUGGAAGCUUGGUUUGGCAGGUGAUGGCAGAAGGGAUGGAUCAAUAUUAUGAUGGCUAUCAGAUCGUCUUAUCGCAGACCCCAUCAACGGCUCAGAUCAUGUCAACCCAAUCUCAUGCCAUGAAUGCGUUAAUGUCUCAUUUGUUCACUAACAAACAUGCCAAUCAUGCGCAACUGCAUGGAGUCGCCACCGGCGGUCAUCGUCGACAUCAUCAUCAUCGUCGUCGUCCUCAUCAUCACCGUCAAUAUCCAUCUCCAUGA